UUCUAGGAACCAUUUAGACCCAAAAAAAAAAAAAGAAAAAAAAGGAAAAGAAGAAGAAGAAAAAACUCGACGUGUGCGCCGUUUCCUCCGUCCUCCCCUCCUCUCCGACCCAUCUGAGAUCCACCGCGCAGUAAUUAGGGUUGGAUAGAAAUCGGAGAUCAUCGUCGGGGAAGAGAAGGAUCGAGAGAGAAUGAUCCAGCUGCUGUUCACGGUGCUGGGUGCGGAGGUGGGGGUGGUGCUGGUGCUGCUGUUCCGGACGCCGCUGCGGAAGCUGGCGAUCCUGGGGCUGGACCGUCUGAAGCGCGGGCGGGGCCCCGUCAUGGUGAAGACUGUCGCCGCCACCGUCGCCGUCGUGCUGUCUUCCUCCCUCUACAGCAUGCUCAAGAUCCGCAGCCGCUCCGCCGAGCUCGGCUCCCUCACCCCCACCGACCAGGUCCUCUUCUCCCGCCACCUCCUCGAAGCCUCCCUCAUGGGAUACUCCUUAUUCCUUGCAUUGAUCAUCGACCGGCUGCACCAUUACAUCAGAGAACUGCGUGGUCUGAGAAAGAACAUGGAGGCUGUAAUGAAGCAGAAUAGGGUCCUAGAAGAAGCAAAAAGCGGAAGCUCGGAGGAGAUUGGAUCUCUGAAAGAACAGAUAGAGAAACUAAAAGCAGAGUCAGAAACAAAGUCAGAGGAGGUCAAGGCUGCACAGGCCAGUGCCCGUGCUUUAAAGAAACAAUCCGAAGGGUUCUUGCUUGAGUACGACCGCCUGUUGGAGGAAAAUCAGAACCUUCGCGAGCAACUGCAGUCGAUUGACCUCUUGCUUUCGCACUCUGAUAGCAAGAAACAAUCUUGAGAAUACUUGGAGUCAUGCUUUGAGGACUAGAGCUUUUUUUGAUUUUUUUGAUCAAUUUUCUUUUAUGGUUUGUCCAGACAAUAGAUUCCAGGGAUGUAAUAGAUAGUGUGAUCUGGCUUUUUCUCCCUUAAAACAAAGAAUAUAAGGCUCUCGCAAUUUAAAAUAUACAAGUUGGUUUGAACUGGUUUCACACAAAGUCUGGUGCUCAAUGAACUUGUGCUUCAGAUUAAGCAGCUGCUUAUAGUAGUCUGGUGACUACUGACUAGUGCUCACUAUUGAGUUCCUGUAUUGGUUUUUCAUGAUUUUCUUAAGGUAAAAAAGUACGUAUAGUCACUGCGCUGUCCCAGUAUGUUGAAUCAGUCCCUGAGCAUUUAAACAAAGUCCCUGAAGCUUCUCAUAUCUUGUAAUUCCAUUCCUCUUGUGACGACAAAUCUUUGUUCCUCCUGUUAA